AUGCAGGAGGAGCGGGAUAGGUUGGGACAGGCCAACAAUCUCUUUCCACUGCUUCGUGAUCAAGACGUUGAGUACUACAAAGAGUUCUUGUUUGCAGAAGUAGGCCUCAAUGGCAGCGAGUCAGAUGUGGGUAAUUUUGGCCAGAGCCCAUUCUUCAAGAGAGUUGACCAAAGCCUGCAAGGGAUUCCUGAAGACGCUCUUUUGGUCGACAUUGGCAGCAAGCCCUACUUCUUUGUAGGAGACAAAGCGUUUCCUCUGAAAACCUACCUCAUGAGGCCGUAUGCUAGGAAGACUUGCUUUUACAGGGUUCGUACAGACUCAAAAGGGGAAGAUUCAAGGAAUUUCAAGGCCCAGUUGGAGUAUCUUCAAGGACUCAACACAAUGCUGCAUGCAGCAGUUUUCAUAUCAGCAGCUGCUGGUGUUGCUGGGCCACCUGAUGGAACUGAGGAGCUAGAAGUUCCCGGCAGCUCAGCUUGGUCCUGGAGAUUUCUGUUUCCAGUGCACAACAGUUAUUAAAUGAAUAAACCUAUAAUUAUUUGACGGCCUAAGUUUGGGCAAUAA